AUGUUUCAAAAAUUUGUAUCCGACAUACUAAAUAAAAUUUUGGGUAAUUUUAUUUAUGGGUUAGAUGAAGAGAAAAUCGGUUUAAGUGAUUUAUUAAGUGGAAAACUAGAAUUAACGAACAUACAUUUUAAACAGUCUAUUAUUGAUUUAAUUGAUAUACCAUGUAGAUUAAAUUUUGGAUGUGUAGGAUAUUUUAAAAUUAAUUUACCCAUAUUUUAUUUUAUGAAAAAUCCUAUAAAUGUAUAUAUAGAAGAUGUUAUAAUAGUCCUUUCUACUAUUCCUUCUAAAUAUUUCGAUGACAAGUUAUAUAAAGAAAAAUAUAUAGAAAACAAAAAGAAUUAUUUGUUAUCCUCUGAAUAUAGAGCUAUUGUUUGUUCUAUAGAAGGGGGAGUAAUAUGGCAAAUGAUUUUAUCCUUAAUAAAUAAUAUAAAUAUAUCAAUAAAAAAUGUUCAUAUAAGAAUAGAAGAUUUUUCAAGUAACCCAUCGAACUGCUUCGCAUUCGGCAUAAAUAUAGAAGAGGUUUUUUUAAGUCUCCCCAAAGAAGGUCUACCGUUUAAAAGAGAUGGGUACUAUACAAAAAAAAAUGAACUUGUUAAUAAUACUAUGAUAAAUAUGAUUACAGUUAAAAAAUUAGGAUUUUAUAUGGAUUACUUAGAUAUGAAAAAGCUGAUAAAUAGAAAAUAUUUUGCACAAAGAAAUAAUCCAUUUGUUAAAAACUUGCACCAAUAUAAUAAUACAGACCAUGAAGAAAGAAAUAAUGUUACAAAAAAGAAGGGGAAAAAAAAGAAAAAAAAAAAACAUAUCCAUAAAUUAUUUCUAAAAAAGGGAAAAAAUGUAAAAUCCAAUGAAGAAAAUUUAAAUGAAUUUCAAAAUAUUAUAAAAGAUAUAAAGCAUAAUUUUUCCACUGCUCGAAGAAAUGAGUUGGAUAUUAAAAACAUGAGCAAAAUUAACAAGAAAAUUCAAGAAUUAAACGAAAGAAUUCUAGGAAUUAAGCGCAACAAUGAUGGUAGUUAUAAUGACAAUGUAGACUCCAAAAAGGACCUGAAUACGCAAGGAAGUUUUAUGGGAAACAACAGCAGCAGUGGUAUCCACAGAAACAGUGACAACAAUAAGAACAACAGUAAUAAUAAUAAUAACAUUAGCAAUUGCCUUUCUACUAGUGAUAGUUGCAAUAAGUAUGGGAAAAAAUGCUCUCUAUCCAUCAGCAAUUUUUACAAUUUUAACUUUUUUUCGAAAAAGGAAGAAAAGGUACACACGUUAAUCCACGAUCUACAUAUUGAUAAUGAUGUUAGUUGGAUUCCAUGUAUUACACAAUUUGCCAACUCGUUGGAAAAUAAAAUAAUCAAGGGAAAAAAAGAAGAACUCAUAAAAAAGAAAAAGAAAAAAAGAAAGAUAAAUGUCUAUAGUGAGUGUAAAAAAAUGAAUAAAUCAAAGGUCUUUAAUAGUGCUUACAAUGAAAGUAAAAGAUAUAAUAAUUACCAAAAGGAUUAUGCUUAUGGUGUAAAUCCGAGUAAUAACUUCAUAUAUGAUUUGAAAAAGAUAAAUCCAAAAAAUGAUAGCACUAGUUAUAUAAAGAAAGCGGUCUCGUUUCUCUCUAUGAAUUCCUUUACAAACACAGUUAAUAGAAAAAUGCUAAACAGAUAUGACAAUGGUGUUGUAAGCAAAACAAAAGAUCACCAUUUAAGUGAUGGUUAUUUUACAACGAAGGAGAAGGUAUCCGAUUCUGAUCCUUCUUAUGGUAGCUAUGUAAAUAAAUGUAGAAAAGUAAAAAAUGAUAAAAAAAGAAGAAAAUAUACACAUUUAGGAAAUAAAGAGGAUGAAGGUGGUGACGUUUUUUAUGAUGUUGUUGAUGAUUGUAAGAAAUUUUCUGACAAUGUGCAAAACUCCUUUUUUAAAAAUGAUGAAAAAAUACAUUUGAAUUUUAUAAGCGAUAUAGAAGAUAAAAGAAGGAAAAAAUGGAGAAAGGGCCAUAAGGGGACUAACCACCAUAGUAUAGUUAAUACUUAUGAACAGUUCGUUGAUUUCAAAGAUACAAAAGAGGAAAAAAAUGUAGAAGAAGAUAGAUUAAGUAAAUAUAUAAAAAUGAAUGAAAUAAAAGAAAAAGUAAGAAAAAAAAAAAGGAAAAAAAUUCAUUCAGUUUAUUUAAUGUAUGAAAAAACGUAUAAAAUAAACAAAGCAAAAUUAAAUACAUUUUUCUUAUUUUUACAACUUGUAAAAAAUAUAAAACAUGAUUAUAUUAUAAACCCAAAUAUCUUUGAGGGUUAUGGAGAAAUCUACUUAAGCUUAAUCCCAACUGAUCAUGGGCAUCUUCCAUUUUCUCGAUGUUUUUCAAGUUGGGGUAUACAAAAAAGAAGCGAAAAGGAGUUUGAUGAAUGUUUGCCAAAAUUAAGUGUCUUUGUUACUUUAAAAAAUAUCAAAAUAAUUAUUUCUGAUAAGCAAAUAUUAAAUAUUGUUAAGUGGGUAAAUUUUAAUUUUUUCACCUUCUACUUUUGGAAGGCGGGAAUAGUAUCUCAGUUUGAAAAAUCUAAGGCAAGCAAUGAAGAAGAAAUUGCAUAUAUAAACAACUGGGUUCUAAAACUUUUAGGUACUCAUGGUUCCAAGGAAGAAAAAUUAGAUGCAGAAAAAUACUGCGAAGAAUUUGAAAACAAUCAUUCUAUAAAUAUAAUUAAUUUGUUAAGAAGUAGAGCUUUUUGCAAACUGCAGGAAUUCAAGAAAGAAGUCGAACUAAACAAGAAGAACAAGGUGAACAACCAGAUGAACAGCAAGAAGAACCAUAGUUCUACAUCCGAUAAUGCAAGUAGUGCAAAUGCAAUUAAUGCUGAUCCCAUGGAGAAUAAUAAUAUUGUUAUGUUCCCAGAUGAUGAAGAUGAUAAUAAUGAUAAGGGCAAUGCACUUAAACAAGUGGCAAACGAAAGUAUACAUGUGUUAAAAUACUUAAUGAAAAAUCAAAAGGUAUAUGAUAAAAUUAAAAACUCUUUUAGAGAAAAAAUUUUUACAAUAGAUAUAUGCAUAGAUAUAUGUAUUAUUAACAGUACGUUUCUAUUAACUGUAGAAACGUCGAAUGAAAUCAAUGCUCGAACGGUUCAUUUUGUUAAAACCUAUGCUGUGUUAAUGCAAUGUAUACAUUAUCACAAUCAAAUAUCAAACACCCAUGAAUUGAAAAACUCAAUAGACAUAGAACUGUAUCCCCUAACUUUACUUCUUAUAAUAAACAAUCUAGACAACAAAUAUAUCAAACCAGAGAUAAAUGUAUUAUUUAUAUUAACAAGUGCAAACAGAAAGGAGAGUUAUGAAAAUUAUCAUAAAAAAUUUCUUUUUAAUGUAGAAAAUUUUGAAUUUUUAAAAAAAUAUAACAUAUUAAAAAAAAGGAAAAAUAAUCUUGUUCAUAUAAAAUCAAGAGAACAAAGUGAUACACUUAAUUUUGGUAACAUUAAACAGAAGCUAAAAUUCUUAGUAGAAGAUAAUUUCUUUUAUCCUAAGAGAGAAAAUAAUAUUUACUGCAAUGAAUUAAAUGAUAUAGUGUCAUCAGAUCCGUCUAUAUACUUAAGAUAUGACAACCAGUUAUAUACUAUAUUAGAAAAACCUGAUCAUAGACUUUUCCUACACAAUUGUGCAUACUCAAUAUUUAAUAUAAACGGGAAAAUUAUAAAUUCCUUUGUGGAUGAUUAUUAUCAUUUUACAGAUAAGAGAGCAGUGCUAGGGAAAAAGAAGAAAAGCACAUUCUCAUUUAAAAGAAAAGAAUACUUUUUAGAGUUAGGAGCAAAAUACUGUAAUGAUAUUCUUGAUAAUUAUACUACACAUACAAAUGUUUUUUUAGAUAUUCAAUUGGAAAAAACAUUAUCAUUUGUUAUUACAAAAUCAGGUAAAUCUUCAGAAAUUCAAGGAUAUAGUUUAGUUCUAAAUCCAAUGAAAAUCGUUAGUGAACUAACACCAAGAUUAGUAUCUUAUGAAGAAACAUUAGAUGCAAAGAAAAAAAAUAUUUAUGAUUCUUUUUUCGUACAAUUUGAUGGUAUUAAAAUAAAAAGAAUUCUUAACUGGCAACACGCUGCAAGGAAUUAUAAAACAUACCUCGAUGAUCAUUUUAUAAAACCAUAUCGUAAUCUUUUUCAUUCGAAAAAUAAAGCAUUUUCUUUAACUAAAAAGGAUGCACCAGAUAAAUUCUCAUUCAUAUUAAAUCGCACAAAAAACAGGGAUCACUGGGGUAAUCAAAAGGAGAAAGCUGAAGGGAGCAAAGCAGAGGGAAUAACAAAUGAUGGACACGAUCGCAAUUACUAUAAUAAGUUAAGGAGCGGUAAUAAAGCUGAUGUGUACAGUGAUGCCCAUAAGGGCAUUUACAACGACGACUGUAAUGAUGUCCAUAAGGACUUUUACAACGAUGGCUACAGCGACGGCUGCAAUGAAAUUCGUAGCACGUUCUACUUGAGCAGUGAUGGGAAUAUGUCCGAAAUAUUUAACCUCAAAAUAAGGAAAAAAAGUUCCUUCAGUGAUUGUUCAUCUUAUGAAUACAAUGGUAAUGAAGGAAUGGAAUUACUUCGAAGAGCUUCGAGCUGCCCAGCUACCAAAAUUGGGAAGGCUAGUAUUAUGUCUCAAAUAGAUAUAGAUGAUAUUAAUAGAAAAAAAGGGUUAUCUUAUAAUGUAAAAGAAUAUAAGAAGAAAAAGAAUUAUAAAGAAGAAAAUAAUAAUUUUUUUUUUUUUAAUACAUGUGCAAACGAAUGUGAAGAAAGGGAAGGACAAGAAAUUGUAAUUAAUACAGAUAUUUACAAAAAGCAUAAAAAAUCAUGGAAUAAAAGAAUUACAAACGCAAAUAGUGCGAACUAUUUUACUCAUAAUCAUAAUGAUAAAAUUUAUAAUAACAACUCCAAUUAUGUUUUAUCAAUGAGUGACAAAACGUCAUGCACUAUUCAUUUGUGUCAUAUCAAAUUUAAUCCAACAUACCCUAUGUUCAUUGUUAAAUUAAAUGAAGAAAAUUUAUAUGUUAAUGUUUGUGAUUACGAUGUCGAAUUUUUCUUUUUAAUUUUUUCGGAUGUAUAUGAACAUUACAAUAUGCAAGAGUUAAUGUAUAAAAAAAAUAAUAUUUUAUUCUUAAAAAAAAAAAUUAAGUCUAUAUCUAAGCUGAAUAAGAAGUAUUACAAUAAUACCCUCAUAGGUAGUAGUGGAAAUAGGACCCUCUUCAAAAAAGGGUUUUACAGGAAUAGAAGCACAAAGAAAAAGUCUACCAGCGAAAUGAAAGGAAAUUAUGCGGAAGAUGCAAACUCAAAGAUAAAGAAGCAAAAAGACAGUUCCAGGAAUGAAAAAUGUAGUAUUGUAGAAGAUCAUGGAGUUAUGAAACAAAAAAAGGGUAUAAAAACUGAAGGGAAAAAUAAAAAAAUAUAUAUAAAAAAAGAACAGCUAUUAGAGACCCAUUCACAAGAAAAAUAUAGCAUUUUUUGUUUAAAAGAAGAUGAAAAGGACCAAGUAAUAGACUUUAACAAAAACACAAAAAAAGAAGAGUUGUUAAAAAAUAAACAUGAAAGACAUAAGAGGAAAACAUAUGUUGGGUAUAUGAGUGAUGCUAACCUGAGAAGAACUAAAGAAUUGUCCAUAAGGGAAGUUAAAAAUGCCUUAGUUCAAAAGAAUGACAAAGAGGAUAUAUUUCCGAAAUGUAGGAAAUGCAACAGUAAUACAAUUUUCGGUUCCCAUGCAAAAGAUAACCUCAACUUAAAUGCAAUAAAAGAUAAAAAUUAUGUUAAUAAUUUGAGGAAAAAUGAGAAGAAAGGAAACGAAAGAGAACAUUGUGAUAACGUGGAUGCUUCCUUAUAUGAUGAUGAAAAGAGUAACAUAUCAAAUGAGAAUGACGAAUAUAUCAUUAAAUUAAAUGAUAAUCCCGAUGUACUUGUUUUAAGCAGUAGAAAAAUGACAGCGCUGAGGGGGAGCUAUCAUUCUAAUGCAACAUCAGCUGUAAGUGAUCUUGUGCGUGAUCAUUCGCACGAGAGAAGUAGCAAAGUAGCAAAAGUUAAGAAGAAGAAAAGAAGAAAAAAUAAUAAACAAAUAGGUCGAAAAGCGGAUAGACAAAAGGUUGGACGAACGGAUGGACAAUUAAAUAGAGAAAAUCCACAUUUUGAUGAGGAUGCUGCAAAAUCACGUACACUUAUCUCUUCAGAUGACGACUCAUGGGUGGAUCUUCUGGAAAAUUACGAUAGCAAUGAAUCAUUGGAUGAUAAUGAGAAGAAGAAAGUUCAGAAUAUGCUAGUUGAUGUAGAAAGUAUUAAAAAGAGGUUAUCAGCUAACAACAAUUUUAUGAUUACGUGCAGUUUAUCCCUUAGUAUUAAGAAAAUAUUUGUUAGAUUAUGGAAAAGGAAAAGCCCUUUAAAAAAGCAAAAUAAAGCUAGUAACUUAGAUGACCUCAACAUCUCUAAUAGCUUCCAAUUUAUAGAUAAAUAUACCUACUCAGGGAGGGAAAAUAGAAAAAAUACAACAAAAAAGCAUAAUAGUAGUACACACCUUAAUAUUAAUAACCAACAGGAUGACUAUAAAAUAGGGGAAGAACAGGAUGGUUAUAAUUUUACCAGCUUAUUAAGAGAGGAUGAUAUGAAUUUAUUCCAAAAUAAAGAGAGAAAUAAUAUUACACAAGAAGAGAAUGAGGAUGAGUUUUUAUUAAAUAAAAAUUUUAUAACAUUAAAUGAAAACUUACAGAAGAAUAUGUUUAAUAAUAUGCAAUAUGCUGUUCCUUUAUAUACGAUUAUAUUUUCCGAUAUAUGUUUUGUAGCAAAAGUUGAGAAGAAUAAUUGUGCUUAUGUCUUGUAUUCUAUGAAUAAUGUAGACAUAAGGGACGAAACGAAUAUUACGCUGUUAAGUAUGAGUUCAAUUUAUCACGGAGAUCCAAAGUGCAGCGAUAAAUCGGUAUACUUUACUUGUAAAAAAUUGAUGGAUGUAGAAAAAGAACAAGUAAUAAAUUAUGAAGAGAGAAAAACAAAAGACUCUACUAUAAUAAAAAACGAAUAUAAUAAUAAUACGCUUGAAACAGAUGAUACCUAUUUAGAUUACUCUAUAAGUAAUAUUGAUUUACCUGACCUUAACAAGACACAUUUUGUGCUAUUAUACUUCGGGUAUCUAUUCAAAAAUAAUCAUACUUUUAAGUUUAUAUUAAAUAGAACUAAGGUUAAAAUAUUUUGGGAAAUUAUAGAUGAGCUGAUGUCUUGGAUAGUAAACAUAAAUGAGUUGUUACCAAAAAUACACACAGUUGAAUUAGAUACAAUUACUAAAUUAAAUAAUAGUGAAAAUAAGCAUUUAGAUUAUUAUUUACAAAAAAUUCAGUAUAUAAAUUAUGAUAACGUAUAUUUUAAGCAAAACGAUUUGUUAUCUGCUCUAUCCUUAAAGAGGGUUUACAAGAUACCCAUAACCAGUUUUAUGAAUUAUUAUGCCUUAGAAUUUCAAAAGGAAAUCGCCGAUAAUCAAAUUGAAUCUAAUGAAUGUAACACGAGAGAAUGUGUGAAGAUUGAAAAUAGUGGAAUAUACAACAAAUAUAUUAUAGACUACACUGAUAUGUAUGAUGAUUCGAGUGAUGAUGUAUGCAUCAUUACAGAUGAUACCUUAGUAUGUAAUAAUCUCAAAAAUGUUAUUCUUGUCGAUACUAAUAUAAAUGUGAAUAGAACCAUUAAGGAAAUACUAUUUUAUGAAAAUUAUUUUUUCAAUUAUAGUUUUAAUAAAAUAAACAAAAAAAUAGAUAUUGAAAAAAUUAUAACUGGAGAUAACACAAAAGAUACUAUUUAUUAUAAGGAUAAGAAAACUAUACAUAAAAAAGAAAAGAAGUACUUAAACAAUUCUGCUAAAUCAUUUCCUGCUUCACUACAUAGUGCUACAACUUCACAUGUGACAAAUAACGAAUUAAUUAAAAAGAAAAAUCAUCUCGAGCAUUUUCUUGUAGAUACAGAACGACAAGUAUCAUUUGAUCACUUAACUGAUGACUUGAAUUGCCAGUAUUGUUGUCAUUUAAAAAACCUACAUUAUACAGCAUACACAAAGGAAAUAUGCAGAGCAUAUGCAUACCCGUAUAUACACGUAGAUGUAGAGAUUAAUUAUUUUGAAUUUUGGAUAUCUCUAGACCCUAUUAGAAUACCACAAAAGAGAAACACCUACCUUAUGAGUGAUGCUAGAAGUAAUAAUAUGUAUUAUUCUAGAGGAAAGAGAAGCAAAAGGAUAAGGAGAAACAGGAAAAAUUUAGAGCAAAAAUGGAAGAAGAAAUCUAAUUCGAUUAGCAGCAGGAGUCUUAGAAGCACUAAGGGAAGACACAUGAAGGAAAGUGCUUCGUUUAGUUAUUAUGAAAAGGUGCAAGACGGUGCAGGUAUUGAAAAUUGGGAACAUGUUAAGAACGUUGAACAUAGAGAAGGCGGUAUGGAUUCCAAAGAUGGUGGAGAAGCAUCAAGUAGAAAGAAAACAAAAUUUCAUGAAAAAAUAAGGCAUUACAAGAAUAUGAAUAUAGAGAAACCAUACGUUUUAGCAACGAAAGGAUGCAUAAAAUCUGUAAUAUUUUUCUUAUUAUAUAAUGACCAAAAAAGCGAUAAAAGGGAAGAAUUAAGUGAUGAGGACUGCAGAAAGGAGGAUGAACAUAACAUUAACACAUCGAAAUUGAAAAGACAUGUAGUUAGCACUAAAUUGAUCAAUUUGAAUAAAAAAAAUGAGCAUGUAGAAGAACUAAAAAAUAAGGUAACAGAAAUGAUGAAUUAUUCUAAUUUAAGUAACGUGUUAAAUGCACAAGAUUUUUUUAAGAGUAAAUUUAUACAAUGGCUUAAUUCGAUAUCGUGUUUUCUCCCAUGUGUAGUAAAUAUUAGUAUAUUUUUAUCUCAAAUUACUAGCGCGAUUGCUAAACCUGUAGCAACAAACCCUUUUUUGAAAGCAUAUAUUGAUUGGAAUAAUGUGCCUUAUAAUAAUAUUCUUCUUCAACCGUGCAGAGGAAAACUGAAUUUCGAGAUGAAAAUUCCAUCAUCAGAAAUAUUGGUAGAAAGGUUUUUAGGAAUUAACAAAAUUACAAGUUUAAAAUUUUUCAAGAAAAAUAAUUUACUUUAUAAAAAUGUAGUUGAAGGUAUAGAUUUAAAUUUUUACUUCGAACCAGUAGUAGUCAAUAUUGAUUCAAGCACUUUGACGUUGCUAUAUCAGUUGUAUAAUAUUAUCCUUGAUUUUUGUAACUAUUCUAUGAAAUUUUAUUCUACUAAAUCGAAAGAGGACGAAGAGGAGCGUAUGUAUAGGGUUAAUGUGCAUGACGACACGUAUUACGACAACUGGGCUGAAUUUAUUAUCAACGAUAGUUUUUAUCUUAAUGUGUAUGACACAAACUCAUGUAUAGAUUCGUGUGAAUAUUCUGCAUAUAUAAAUGACGAAUUAAUAUCUGAUAAUACCGAUUUGGAUAGGGAACUAAAUUCAUAUAAGUAUAAUGAGAAAAACAAAUUAUUUGCUAACUUCUUUUUAAAACCACCUAAUAACAUGCACUCAAAAGGAUUAAAUGAGGAAAAAUUAUCACAUGGUGAGUUCAAUAAGGACAUUUUAAAUACUGAGCAAAAUGAGAAAAAAGAGAUAGAAAUGAGAGAGGAAAACAUAGUACAAAAUGGAGGCGAAAUCAACACAGUAGUGCACAGCGAGGAGCAACCUAUGUUUACAUACGAAUCAGAAAAAUCUGUGGAGGGACAAAAUGAGAGAUACGUAAGUAGUGAUUCGCAUGAGAAGAAUAAAUAUCAUAAUAAUUAUGUACUUGAUUCGAACAUACUUAACAUUCUAAUGAUGAAUUUUGUAGAAAAUGUAAAAAUCAAUUGUACUGUGAAUUUUGAUGUAUUGACAUUUCAAAUAUGGGAUUCAAACACAGCAUACAAUAGGUGCUCUCUUAAUUUUGUUAUAGAAUAUAUCUACAUUAAUUUUUACACCUUAAGUAUUUAUGAGAAAAAUGUAAAUUGCAAAAAUAACGAACUGUUUAAUGUCAAUGAUAAUUCUUCUGCUUUCCAAAAAAGCAUAAGUUUUAAUAGAAAGAAUAAUGGGGUCAGUAAAUUUAGUAAUGUCCCAAUGGGUUCUAACGGCGAAGAUGCACCUCAUGAAAAUAACAAAUCGUUUUUUCUAAAAAGAAAAUAUCCGAGUUAUUUACCGAAUGAGAGUUCUAAAAUGUAUUCGUUUAAUAAUAAUGUAGAUGAAAUGCUUAACUCUUCUGUGUCUAAUGUUGUUUACUAUGAUGACACGACUACUAAAAAGGAUGGAAAAAAGAGUAUCAAUAAAUACAUAUAUAGUAAGAGUGCAGUUGAAUUUAUUAGAAAUACGGACGCGGAAAAUUUGAGCAAGAAAUGCAACAUGUCAAUGAUGGGUGAUACAAUGACAGAUCAUAUGAAUAAUGUAAAUAAUAAUAUGGAUGGGAUUCAAGAAAUAUGUAAUGAUAUGUACGAUGGGAGAUUACCUAUUUUUAACAGUAGCAAUAAUAAUAAUUGCCCGGACACGAAUAUGUUCAAAUACGAAACUUUAAACAUGUUGAAGAAGGAAAGACUAAAAGAAAAAGAGGAUAAUAAAGGAUUAAGGAAAUUGUUUAAUUGGAAAAAUUUUUUUAAAAAUAUAGAGCAGUUCAAAAUAGAAAUAGUGAAUAUUUUGAAAAGGAUUUUUUUCAGAAAGAAGGUAAAAGAAGAGUUAGAAGUCAAAGAAGGUGAAGCAAAAGAGAAGGGCAAGAAAAUUACAAAAAAGAAAUACGAAAAUUGCAAUGAUAUUUUUAUGAAAAAUAAUUUUAUGUUUAAUGAUAUAAAAAAUUAUAAUGAAAACAAAGUAAAUAAAAAUAUAGAAUGUAAAGUAGAAUUUCUAAUAUACUGUGAAAAUUUUAAUAAAAAGGAAAAUUCGUACCAAACAUUUAUAGAACCCAUGUGUACUGAAAUUAUUGCAGUUAAAAAGGAUUUAAAUUCACCAAUUCAUAUAUAUUAUUAUUUCUCCUGGUUAAAUAUUAAUUUUAAUUUUAAUUUUUUGGACAAUAUUUUAUCUCUAUGUUGUAGUGUAAUUUUUUCUAUGAUAACUCAAAGAACGCGAUUAUUACUAGGUCGACAUAUGUAUGAUGUAGACAGAAGAAAGAAUCAUAAAAUAAUAAUGCAGUCAGGAAGGAAUGAAAAAUUAGAUGAUGUUUCAUCGAGAUAUCCACAUACUCACCACACAAACAAUAAUACAAUAUAUCAUACAGAAUAUGAUGAUAACAACACGGAAAGAAAGAAUGUUAGCGAAAUGGAUGAUACACAUACAUCCAUGUACUUUCCAAAUUAUUACGCAUCAAUGAAUGAAGAACAGUAUAGAGAUCUGGCUAUAAUAACAAAUGAAAAUGUACUUUUUAGAUACAAUAAAUUUGAUGUUCUAAAUUCUGUAAAUAGAUCUCUAGAUACGUACAUUUUUGGUGAGUUCAUAUUAGAAAAGUUGCUUAGGAAUUAUCAAUAUUCUUGUCAAUAUCCAGGAGAUUAUUUAGCAAAAUCUGAAAAUGAAUAUAACCUGGACAAAUCACAAUCCCCAUCAGAACAAUUAUUGCACAUAAAAUUAUUCAAUUUUAUCAAAAAAAAUAAAAGACUAGAAAUGAAUAAUAUAUGUAAGAUAAAUAAUUUACUGGGACAACCAGUAGCUAUAUGCACGGUACAUGAAAAAAAUCCUACACCUAAUGUUGAUAUUUUUACUAUGUGUUUACAGUAUAAUUCGAAAGCGUCCAAACAUGCUUAUGAUAAAAAAAAACAAAGUGUCUCUCCAUCUCCUACAAAAAGAUUUUCCAAAGGGGAUGUGUUGGGCAAUGACUCAGAUGCAGGUGACAAUAGUGCACGUAAUUCUAGGAAUUCCGAAGGAGAAAAAAAGAAAAAAGAAAGAGAAAAAGAAAAAAAAAAAAUACCUCAAAGCGAAAUAGAAUACCAUGAUUUUUAUGAUCUGUCGGAUAAUGAAAAUGACAAAAGGAAAAGUACAAGACAAAGCAGAGUUAUACAGAAUGAAAAAAAUGCCAAAAACUGUUACUAUAAUAGCUCAUAUUAUACAGAUUCUUCUGAAAAUAAGAAGAAGCAGCCUUUUAAAUAUCAAUGGAAAAUAAUCAGCAAUAAUGAAUCUCUUGACUUACCAACAUAUGAAAAUGGAAAAGUAAAAUUUUUCCUAAUUCGGUUCAGGUUACUUAAUUAUAUAUAUGAUAUUCCAUCUAGUAUUCUUAAUACAGAAAGUGAUAACGAGGAUGUUAUAAGAAUAGUAAUUCCGGAAAGAAGAUUACCACCUAACAUAAACAAGCAAGUAGAACAAGAUUUAUACAACGAUGAGUUAUUAGAAAUAGAAAAUAAAGCUUCAUCACAUAAUACUUAUCAUACAAUAUAUCCUACUAAUUAUACUUCCAGAAGAUAUAAUACAAGUAAAGACGAUACAUGGAAAGCCUCUAACAUUCCUCAACCAAGAAAUCAUUUAUUUAUUUUCUUUCGUACAAGUAGUAGGAUCAGUCAUGAAGAAAAACAAGAAUAUGACUUUUUUAUCUCAUCUAUAGUAGCUGUUAAAAAUAAUACAGAUUUCCCUCUUUACAUUUUCAAAUCAGUCCCGGGUAAUUCAAAUAAAAGAAGUAUCUUUCGAGAAUAUUAUCAUAAAUAUAAUAUGAUGCCUUCUCCUCCUCCUACUUAUACAUUAAAAAUUGAUAAGAAAUUAGAAAAAUUUAUUGAACGUAAGAUAAAUACGAAUAAUCCACUUAAACAUAAAGGGAGGAAAAUGAACAAAGAUCAGGAUGAAUUGAACGCAGGAAUCGCGGGCGGUAAAAAAAAAAGGCUUCACAAGUACGCGCAUGUAGGUAAUAACAACAGUAAUAUUUAUGCGGACAAUUAUGGCGAUAAUUAUGUCAACAAUAAUGGCAAUAACGAUGGAAGUAACUACGGCACUAAUAACAACAAUUAUAAUAGUAGCCAUGUUAAUUGUGAUGCAUAUACAAAAGCGAACUACACGCAGAGUAAGUCCUACGUGUAUGGGAGAAAAUUUAUUAACAAUAUAUUUCCUUUAAUGAAAAUGUCGUCCAUAGAACAUUACAUAUCGGGAGAUAUCAAAUUUAGUUCCUUAGCUACUGUAAAAUAUAAAAAGAAGAGAAAGGGGAAAAAAAGAUUAAAACAUGAACUUCAAAAAAAACUAAUUAAAAAGAAGAUUAAGGAAAUAUAUAUAAAAAGUAUAUGGAAAAAAACAAAACGCAAAAAAAUUAGUAAAUAUGAAAAUACAGUUCCAUAUGAUGAUAAAUGCAGAAAAAUUCUUACUAGUCGUAACGCAUACAGAAACAUUAUGUCUAUAAAUGAUUCCUUUUUUAGUUUUGCAAAGAAGUCUUCAUCAUCUUCUAAGAAACUAUCUAGUGAAUUUGCACAUAUUAUUUCAGAUUUAUCAAAUAUUACCCUAUCGUCUUUAUCUAGUUCCCUUUUUUCAUUGGACACAUCUCAAAGUAAUAGUUCAGUGUAUGAUAAUUCUUUAUAUGAUUAUGACAUGGACAAUUGCGAAGAACAGGCAUUACUGAAUGAAUAUUUUAAUAAACAUAGCGAAAAUAAGGGAAAUCUAGAUAUUAUUGAGAUAUCUAACAAUAGCAAUAAAUUGAUUCCUAUUCCUUUAUACUGGUUAGUAGCUGAGAAUUCUUUUAUAUGGUUAUCUAUACAGAAUGAAAAAAUAUAUAAUUGUGAUUUAUAUGAUUUUCUAUGUAGAGAAAAAAACGCAGAUUAUAUAUGCACUAAAAGUACCUUAGAUAAUAUACUAAAUUAUCAGUCUCCAUUUGUAGCAGAUUCUUUAAAACUGUUUAAACCAUAUUUAAUCAGGCUAAAAAAUUUGCUACUAAAGGAGAAUAAAAUGGCACAAAAAAGAAAUAAUAACAAAAAUAAUCAAAACAGCCAAAAUAGUCAAAAUAGCCAAAUUAGUAAAAAUGGCCAAAAUAGCCAAAAUGGUCAAAAUAACAAAAAUGGUCAACAUGGCCAAAAUAGGAAAAACGAGCAAAGUAACCGAAAUAGACAAAAUUUAUUGAACAGUUACAAUAUGAAUUAUAUGAAUUUAAAAGAAGUUUAUUUUACCUCUACAAUUAUUAGUGUAUACAAUCCCAAUUAUGUCUUACAUAAAAAAGAUGCUCAUAAUUUCUAUCAAAUUAACAUUGAGCACGCAUUAAUGAUUAAUAAUGCGUUGCCGAAAACUAUGUAUUUGAAUUAUGAAAUAUUUAAAGAUAAAUCGAAGAAGGAUUCACAUAGAAGUGUAAGUACUUAUGGAAGUUUUCAUUUUACGGACAAAUCCAACACAUACGAAACGACACUUAAUACUGGCCAGUCCUAUUCGUUAGAGAGCUCAUGCAGUUGUUCCAGCUAUGAUGAAGAUGAGUCCACCUAUCGUAGAUACGAUACUACAUCUAAAGAUAAAGAAGAAAAUAAUAAGUCCAAUUAUCAGGGUGGUCGAAAGGAGCAGCAUAAAAUGCAAUCGUACGAUAGAACAGACAAACUUCGUAAAAUGCAAAGCGAACAAGAGGACAUAAGGUUAAAAGGAUCAACUAACAUGGAGGAAAAUGCAGGAAAUGAGUUUGAUAAGAAAGAGCAUGUCCCAAUUGAACAGAGCAAUAAAGUGAAUAGAAAAAAUGAAAAAAGAAUUACCAUGUUAGUAGAUAAAUUAAGUACAAAUACUUGGAAAGGUAUGAACAAAUUUAACAGAAUGAGUGGCACCACAAUAGGAAAAGACUAUAAUAAGAGUGAGAGCAAAAUGAUGGCAAGUAAUAUGACAAGUGAUAAACAAUUACUAAUUAGAGAACUAAACACUAACAGAAAUGUAUUUAUAUAUAAAAAUAUAAAAAAAAAUGAGAAAGACACAAAUAAAGAAAAUAUGAAAAGUAAAACAUAUGUAGAAGAAGUCAAUUUUACAGUUAUGAUAAAAAAAGAAACGAAUAAAAAUAUUUAUGUGAUAAGAAUUAAUCCUGGACAAAGUAUAAAACUGCCAUUUGUGCCAAGUAAUGUGAAUAUUUCUUUUGAUGGCUAUUAUUCUAAAAAUAUAUCAAUUAAUUAUCCGCAUAAAAAAGGUAGAGAAAAAAUUAUACUAGAAAAGGAAGUAAAGGAGGAAAUGAGUUCCUUUUUUACUCUUGACUAUAACGAAAGGGAUGAUAGGACCAGUAAAAAUAAUGAACAUACGAACAGUACGUAUGGUAAAAAUUGUAGUGAUUAUACAGAUGCUGAUAGAAUAAACAACACAGUGGAAGGUGCGGAUAGAAAGGAACAGAGAGAUUAUAGAAAUAAUGAAUAUUCUAAACCAAUAACACUGGUAAAUAGAAUAAUAAAAGAUAAAGGGAAUUAUGAAAACGUAAAAAAUGUACCUUGGAAAAAUGAAGAUAAGGUUGUACGCAAAUAUGCAAAAUAUAAAUCUUCCAAUUAUGAACAGUUCCAAAAUCAAUUAACCAUAUGGGCUAUAUUUAAUGAAUUUUAUGAAACGGGGAAAAAUAGAUACCAAGAUAUAUCAUUAGAGAAAGUUCACCAUGGAUCUUACGCCGUUUCAUGUACUUUCUUCGUUUCUGCUUGCGUCAUUAAUAGACUUAAUUACCCUAUUAAAAUAAAAAGAUUAAAUAAUGACAAUACAGUUGUUGUUGAGCCAUAUGUUAGGAAAUUACUACCCUGUGAAUUUGCUCAACGAAGGAACAAGCUCAUUAUUUCAUACGAAACGCUAAAAGAAAUAAAAAAUUGGGUUAACUAUCCAUUAAAAAAUUGUAUGAUUAAAAGAAAAAAAUUAAGCAAAACUCGAAAUAAGAUUAACAAGAAAAAUAAUAAAAUGGGAUUAAGAAAUCGCAAAAAUUUUGACAAGGCACCAAAUUCUCAAAAUGAAUUAAAAACCAGUAAGGAAGAAGGUCAAGGAAUGGGCAAAAUGAAGCAAAUUAAACCGAAUAGUAAAAACGAGAAAAAUGGCCAUAAUAGUGAAACUUUGGAGGGUAAGGAUAAAAUACUGGAUAGUAAUGACAAAGCGCAGGAUGCUAGUAACGAAAUUCUGGAAGGUAAUGACAAAAAAGUUUCACGUAAAUUUAACCUUUUAAGUCGACUAAGAAACGGAAAAAAGACAAGGUGCUUCUUUUACAGAAAUAAUAUAAAUAAACCUCUAGAAUCGGAAGAUUUCAGAAUAACUGAUUUAUCAACUACAAGAUUAGUAUGUUCUAAUAAAAAUAAAAACAUUCCUCAACUAAAAUAUAGCAUAUAUAUGUCUAUUGCACCUAUGCCAUUUUUUAGAACAACGGUUAUGGAAAUUUUACCCUAUAUAGUAAUUAUAAAUAACACAAAAAUGAAUAUAGUUUUUCAAGAGUUCAUAAAGAAUUAUACGUACUUUAAAUAUAAUUCAUUGGAACCUGGUGCAUAUGUCGAAUUUCAUCCUCAAUCAAAAAAGAAAGUUAUGUUAAAAAUAUGUGGGAUUUUCCAAAAUAGUUUUAACUUCUUAAUUGAUGAUUAUUUAGAAAAGGAAUUAUAUUUAGAAAAUUUAGAGAGAGAAAAUGAAAAAGUCCUAGAUGGUCUAAAACAGCAUGACCCGGCAAGCAAGAACUGCACCUCUAUGAAAGCAGACAACGCGAAUAAAGGUAAUAAUGUAAAUAGUGACAAUAACUCGAAUAACGAUAAUAAUACUAGUAAUAAUAAUGUUAGUAACAAUAAUGUUAGUAACAAUAAUGAUAACAGUGCCAGAGUUGAGAAUAAUGACUUUCUGAAUAUAUCACAGAAGUUAAGCGCCUUAAUUGGUAUGGGGAAAUCGAAUCAUAUAAAUAGCUCAAAAAAUGUGCAUAUGGCAGAAGGCCAAAAUAAUGCGCAUAAUUCAAAUAUUUCACAUGAUACACUUAACGUGCAUAGUAGUAGUAAUAAUAAUUCAAAAGAACGACGCGGCACAUCGAUAAAUUCGUCAAAUAGUGUUAAACAUUCUUUGGACAUACAAGGGUCAAUAAUAAAUGGUAACUCCUUCGUAGCUAGUAAUAACAAUGUGAAAAAGUACAAAUACAUUGAUGAAUUCAGAUUUCUUUACUGGUCUGAAGUGUUAGACUUAACUAGGGUUAGCAUGGUUUAUUUUCGUCAUCCAGUUAUAUCAGAUGAAAAUUUUAAAAAAGAAGAGAAAAAAUUAAGAAAAUUUAAUUUGCUUUUAAAAAAACAUAGAGGAAACGACGAUAUAUAUUUAGAUAUGUCUAAAGAAUUAAUUAAAGGAAACAAUAUACCAUAUGAAUAUACUUGUUGUUCAAUGGAAAUAUCUACAUUUAAAGGUUGUAAAUUUGUACGUUUCCAAGAUAUUGAUGUUGUUCCAUAUUAUUUAAUAAAUUUAACUAAAUACAAUAUAAAAUUAAGACAAGUAGGCAUUUAUGAACAUUCAGAAGUAUUACAUAAAAUUCCUAAAAAGAAAAAAAAAACUUUUGAUGAGAUUUUCAAAAAUUAUGCUUUCAAUUUUUCUUUUUAUAAUCCGUAUAAAGAUCCCAAGUUGAAAGUUAGUAUAUUAAUAUCAAAUAAAAAAAAUGAAAAAAAUAAAAAACAAAAAAAAUUAAUCAGACGGAAAAAAAACUUAAAAUUUAGAUAUUCAAAUUCAUUAAUAGAGAAUCUAAAAAAUGAAUUAAAUUAUCUAACAUUCCUUGCAACAAAUUAUUUGACAGCUAAUGAAGAUGUAAAAGUUAUUAACGACAAAAUUUUCCGUCUAAAAAAAUUCUCAGAACAAGUAGAAAAUUUAAAUGAUGGAAAUGUAAAUAUAAUGGAUUUAGGAAAUUCAAAUAAUGUUACUUUAUUAAAAUUAAAAGAUGGAGAUACAUUUGUUUUUAUAUUAUGUACAAAAAAGACAUACAAUGGAAAAACAAUUUUUUCUUUUGAGACUUAUGAUGAUUUAAUAAGUAAUGUUUUAAAUUUUAGUAAUAGUUCUUAUCAUCAUAAACAGAGCUACAAGUUACGCAAAUCAUUUCAUCAUCUUCUGAGUACCCAAAUGAACCGUGUUUACGUUAAAAAUAGGUCAAAAAGAAAGAAAAACAGCAACAAAAGUAAAAAUAUGAAGGAUUUGAAAAAAAAAAAGGAAAGCCAGAAUUUUUGGUACUUAAUUAAUUUAUUUAAAAAAAAAAGUACAGCACGUCCUAUGGAAAAAGAUCCACGAAUUAGCAAUAUAAUUGCAGAUCUAUAUGAAAAAAAAAUUAUUAACAGACAAGAAAAAAAAAAAAAAUUUACAUUAAAUCUAAACAUUUUUGCACAUUUUAUUUUUAAAGGACUCGGACUAAGUAUAAACAAUUAUAAUUUAGAAGAAAUUUUAUACUUUUCCAUGGAAUAUAUUUUAAUUAUUUAUAAACAAAUAAAUGAUAAGGAAUUAUUUCAUAUAAAUGUUGGAUGGCUUCAAAUAGACAAUCAUACCAAAAAUACAGAUUAUAAAAAUGUUCUACUACCAAUUGUUGAUUUAAAAAAAAAAAAUGAAACAUAUAAUUCUUUUAACACACAUGAAAAGAUGUGUGAAUCUACAAAUGAAACGUUUGAAAAAUUCAAUAAAAAUAGUACGUUUUUUAAACAGAUGAAGUAUAACUCAAAUGAUACCUUUUCCUAUUUUAUGAAAGAUAAAAGCAAUAACUUUUCCAAAAAUAAUUCUGAUAAUAUGUUAAAUUCAUUACAUUCUUAUAAGAAGAAAUCUUUUGAUUCAUAUUUUGAAAAUGAUAACCUUCUAAUUAGUACUAAUAUAAAUAAUCCUCUCUGUAAUUCGUAUAAAAUAUUUAUUCCAUCCUUUUUUUACUCAGAAUAUAAUUCCAUAUUAAAUAUUGUAAUAAUAAAACAAAAAAGAGGGAAUAUGAAAAAUUUCUUAGAAUUGUCAGAUGUUAGUAUAAAAAUUUCACCAAUGAGCAUAAACAUUGACUCUUACUUUAUUAUUGAAAUAUUAAAAAUAUUUGAUGAAUUGUUGAAAAUUAUGGAAUUUGAUUUGAGUGACUACAAUUCUCUUAACUUGGAAAAAAAUAUAGAAUUAAGAGAUAACGAUUUUGAUAGUUUAGAAUAUAAAAAAAAUAUAGGUCCAUUAGAAGAGUUAAUAAAACAUUAUAUAUUAAAAGACUAUUAUUUAUAUGAACAAAUUGCCAAUUUUAAAUUUAGUUCAAUAAAAGAUGUAGGAAAAAUGAAUGAUAAUAAUUUAUUUCAUUCAAGCAUUCUGUACAACAGAAAUAGUACUGAUGUUUUAGACUUAAAAGCUUACAUAACCAUGAUAAAGGAAUACAAAACAGUAGAACAGAGAAGUACGAAAAAUACUGAUCAACUCAUGAAAGAUGGAAACCAUUUAGAUACAAUAAUGCUAAGUCCUCUGUGUAUAGAAAAUGCAGGAAAAAAUAAACAUUUAAAUUUUGGCAUAAGUAACAAUAGUCUUAUUAGUAAACAGUCCACUAAGAGGAGCCCUAGUAACGAUGUUUUAGUAGAACGAAAUGACACCUUUUUCUCAGCACACAAUGGAUCCUCAUUAUGUAGUAGUAAAAUUAAUGAUGAAAGAACUCCUCAAAAAGAUCAAAUAUACAAAUUGUUGACAAGGAACAAGACAGAGGAAGACAAUAUAAUGAAUAGCAUUUACAACUCUGAUGUGUUUAAUGAAGAUAAAAUGAGUUACUUACAAAAUUGUGAAAAAUAUUACAAACAUUUAUUAAAUAAUAGAAAAAGGAUUUUAAAAAAAAUACAAAAUAUUAAUUUAAAAAAUAGUUUAAUAAGCUUUGAUAAAUUAUUUAUUUCUAAAUUAGAAAUUAAUGAAAUAAAAUUAAUAAUUAAUAUAAAAAAUAGAAGUUUGAGUUAUGACAAAAAAAGCGAAAUAAUGGGAUCUAAUGUAAUGAAUGCAUUAGUUGUUCUAAUUAUGAAUAUACCAAAUAUAAGUGAUGCACAUUUACAUUUUGAAAAAGAAGUCAAGAAAAAUAUGUGUGGUUCUUUACAUGCAUUAAUAUUUAAUGAAGUAAUGAAUGAUUACAUAAAUCCAGGGAUGAAUCAAAUGUUUAAUGUCUUAGGUGCAAUUGAUUUUAUUGGGAAUCCCUUAAUAAUUUAUAAGCGAUGGAAGAAAGGUUAUCAUGCUUUUAUAAAGGAUUUAAAAAAGAGUGUUGAUUCUUGCUCUUUCCCCUUAUUAUUUUGUAUAUUAUUAUUAAAUAUAAUAGGAAAAUUUGGAAAAAGUUUAUUAUCAGGUGUACUUGAAGGGGUGAGUAGAUUAUGUGGUAGUUGGAGUACAUGUUUUGAAAGGUUCUCAAGAAAUGCAGAUAAUUAUAGUAUUGUUACAAAUACAUAUAUUUUACAAAGUGAAAUAUUAGACCAACCAUCUAAUUGUGCGGAGGGCAUAUGUUACGGAUGUCAUUCCUUUUUAAAUAUUCUCACCAUUAGCUGUGUCAAUACAUUAUACAAACCUUUUGUAGCUUUAAAAAAAAGUAAAGGUUUUCGAAAAAAUGAAAAGGACAAAUGUAAAAUAUUCCUUUCUGCACUAAAAGUUUUAUCAUAUGGUCUCUUUAGUGGUUUAAGUAGUUUAUUCUUCGGAUUUUUCAACAGUAUCCUUUCCUUUUUUACCUUUUUAUUUAUUGGCACAUUAAAUCAAAUACAAACAUUAACUAUGAAAUCUGUUGUUAGACCAAAAAAAAUGAGCGUAAUUAAAGAAUAUGCAAAAUUUGUUAAUUAUGAAUAUCCUUUAUCUUUUUCUAAUCAUGUCAUAAAUGAAAAAAAAAAGAAAAAAGAACUUUUAAAAAAAAAUAUUGUAGCUAUUAUUCUUUUAUAUACUAUUAGAGACAACAACCCAAGUAACAUAAAAAGUUUCUUAUGGGUUAGUAAUAAAGAAGUAGGAUAUUGUCAAAAAGAUAAAUUACUAUGGUCAUUAUAUAUUAAUUGUAUUAUAAAAGUUGAUAUUUUAUUAAUUCAGGUGGACAGUGGGGGGCAGGUCAAAAAACAUACCAUUUUUAAUCGUAGUAAAAAUGAUUCAAAGAGGAAUAAAUCUAACUUCAAUAGUAAAAGUAAUUGUAAUAAUAAUAAUAGUGGUAAUAAUAAUGUAAAUGAAAAGAAAAAACAUCAACAUGUUAAAACUAAAUGGAAAUUCCCAUUUUUACUCAAUCCACAAAAAUACAGACAGUUUGGGGAUUUCAAACCAUCCUACUAUAUAAGGAUACUUUAUCGAUCUUUAUAUAAAGUAAAAAAGAGACACGGAGGCACUAGAAUUAAAUAUUUUUCAUUAAAUAAAAAAGGUGAUUAUAAUUAUAGAUUGAAGAAAAUUUUAAGAAAAAAUACGUACGAGAAAUAUUUUGAAAAAGAAUUCAAAAAAGAGCACUUGACUUAUCAUGAUAGUGAUAGCAAUUCUAGUGCAGGUAAAGAGCAAAAUGAAUCCAACAAAAUAGAGCAAAAUAUGAAAUGUACUUCUGAAAAGUUAAAAAGAAUACACACGGACAAUAGAAAUGACAAGGAAAAGGAUACUCAACAUUAUAGAAAUAUUUAUGACGAAACACUGCGAUAUUAUUCAAACCAUCAAAGAGGAAAACAUCUGGAAAAAAUGCAAAAUGCCAAUGAUCGUAUGUUUGAGAAUAAUGAUGAAAAUAAAAGGAAGGAAUUGAAAAAAAAACAUAUUUAUCAAUACAAAACAAGGAAUCUCAAAGUUAACGACAAAUCUAGGCGUGUAAAUAAAUUAGAACAUGAAAAAAAGAACACUAAAAAAAAUCAUGUACAUAAAAAAAAAAAAUAUUUAUAUAUUUCUAAAUUAGUUAAAUGUGAAUCAAAAGAAGUUGCUCUUCAAGCUUUCUCGUUACUUCUAUCAUUCCUUCUACAUAAAUCUCCUUAUUACUUAAAAACCACAUAUUAG